AUGACAAUUCCAAACUAUGAAAACCUCCACUGGCGUGAGACCAGCCCCGGUCGAUGGGAGCGCGACAUAGACGAGGCCGAACAGUUCUAUACUACCAUGGCCAGAGUCUACGAAGGAAGCGGUCGCGUAUUUUUCGCCAUGACAGGCCACAUUUCACUGUCUGUCCCCGUCCAGAAAGAUUCAUCUCAUCGCGAAACUCUAGACCGGGUCUACGGUGCACUUCGACGAGCAUGGCUGCAACUGCGAUAUGAUCAUCCGACCAUCGCGUCCUGGACCGAAUUCAACUCUGUCAGUCAGAAAUGCAAGAAAGUCUAUCAGGAAUUCGGCUCAGAUCUCACGAAAGAUGUCUGGCUGGAUCACACGGUGCAGGUAGUCUCAACUGGAGUGACGGGGCAGGAGUGGUGUAAUCAAGACCCUCCAGUUCCGAAAUUGCCUACUAUCAUUAUGGUCAUUCCAUCUGUCAAGCCAAGCCAAGAGAACGGUUUCUUCCAUUGCGAUCUGGUUCUCCGAUGUCAUCAUGACGUUAUCGAUGGGAUUGGAACGCUUCACUUGCUGGAUAAUCUGAUCAAGAAUGCGUCGGGCGCAUAUGACCGGCUUUCGACGCCCAGUAACCUGGCAUUUGGCAAUGAGUCGAAGAACUUGAGUCCCCCACUGCGUGUGGCUGCUUCUAUUCCAACAACUCUGUCAUCCGAACAGCAGGCGCAAUUCGACAAACUUGCGGCGUAUAAUGCCUCGCUUCGGUCCGGUGUCGAGAUAGCUGCAUUGCCAUUUACACGCGGCGCACAAACACCUGGAAAGCAUCAGCGUGUGGCUUUGACGCUAUCAAGGGACCACACGCAGAAGAUUCUGACCGCGUGUAAGAAGAUGGGGUCUAGCGUUACUCAUGCAUACCAUGCGGGGAUUGCGAUAAUUGUUCGCGAUUUGCAAGCGCGAUCCGCAGAAGAAAGAACCGUGCGGUAUUUCAAUUACUGUCUUAUCAACGAGCGCAGCCAUUGCAACCCGCCAUACAACACGCCAAGUCACGCGGCGUCGGUCUAUCACUCCGUCUCCGGUCGCAGCUUGAUUGUGGACAUGACAGUUCCCGCGAUUGGCGAUAAAACUGAGGCCGCUUCAGAAUCUGCAGAGACAUCUGAGUUCAAGCGUGUGGCAUCUGAAAUCAAACAGCACUAUCUGGAAAUCUGCGACGACACUGGUCAUAUCCCGAAAGUUCCUCAUUACUGGGCAAAGGGCACUCCGCCAUAUCCGGAGCCGGAUGAAUAUCCAGUACCUCCAGUCCCUGGGCCAAAUGAAUCACCUUCAGUGUCAAUCUCAAGCAUGGGAGUCAUUGAUAAUAUCAUUGCUCUAACUCGGGGUGUGUUUCAGCUAAGCGAUCCGUGGGUCACGGGAGAAGAGCUAGGAACUGGACUUGGCGUUUUUUUGGGCACUUUUAGAGGCCGAUUGGCGUUGAGUGCGGCAUACAAUGAUGCGUGGCAUAAUAAAGAAGAGGCUGUGGAUUUCUUGACUCAAUGCAACGAGGUUGUUUGUAGGGGUCUAGGAUUGUGA